AUGCUACACGAUCGUGGUCUCUCUCCGGUCACAACGACUUGUCUAUCGCAGAACGUCGACGUGCUGAUAGGCGCGGACUACUACUGGCGAUUUGUGUCUGGCAGAAUAGAGCGCCUUCCCAACAAUAUCACAGCCGUCGAAACGGUAUUUGGGUGGAUCGUCCAAGGUGUUGCCCCACUGCGUUCCUCGCUAUCAGACUAUCCCGCCACCACGUCACUUUUGUGCUGCACGAACGACGCGCCCGAGCAUGAGCUGACCAACCUGUGGCGACUAGAUGCAUUAGGUAUCACGGAUUCUGACGUAGCUGCUCCCACCGGAGCGGCAGACCUCCAAAUGUUUCAAGAGAACAUCAAGCGGCAGACAGAUCGGUACGAGGUUCCCCUUACGAUCCAGGCGCCUGGGCUACCACCAGAGGCACACAAUCGGGUAACGGCCGAGACGAGACUCAACGCUCAACUCCGGCGGUUCCGAAUGGCACCCGACGUUCUCAAGCAGUACGACGCCACAAUGCGCGAAUACUUCGUCGAAGGGCAUGCCGAACCAGUCUCUGGCCCAGACCCAACCAGGAACGUAUACUACCUGCCCCACCAUGCCGUUAUACGUAUGGAGGCCGUCACGACCAAGGUCCGCAUAGUCUUCGACGCCUCGUCCCAUGUUCCCGGCCAACCGUCUCUUAAUGAGGUUCUGUCGAAGGGUCCCAACUUAAACAGCAACCUCCUCCAUCUCCUCAUCACGUUUCGGUCUUCUCCCAUUGUCUUGACCGCCGACAUUCGCAAGGCGUAUCUUCAAAUUCAGAUCCGACCAGAGGACCGAGACGCCCUCCGCUUUCUGUGGAUCCAGGAGCUACCGUCAUCAUCCAACCCUUAUCCUGCGACUCAGGAGUGGAGGAUGACCAGAGUCCCGUUCGGAGCAUCGUCCAGCCCCUUCCUACUCGCGGCAACUCUGCACCAUCACUUCGACGCGGUCGCUUCGCGAUACCCAGCCACCGCAGCUCGCCUCCGCACCAGCUUCUAUGUUGACGACCUAGUAAUUGGCUGCGACGACGUGCAAGAUGCCGAUACGAUAUAUGCCGAGACCAGAGCUGUCCUGCGGGACGCAGGGAUGGAAAUCCGAAAAUGGGCAGCGAACUCCACCGCACUUCAACAGAAAUUUCUCGCAGACGAAACUGCCUACGAUAACGUCGGUUGUACAAACCCAGUGCUUCGUAUCUUAGGUGUACCAUGGGACAGACAGGCGGAUGUCAUCCUAGCACCAGUCACCGCGGUUCACGAAUUCGCGCAGAAAAAUGAGCCCACGAAGCGCACGGUGCUCAGGACCUUUUCUAGACUGUACGAUCCGUUGGGUUUGCUCCUUCCCUUUACGGUCACCGCGAGGCUCUUGUUUCAGGCAAUGUGGAAGGAAGCAGUUCCUUGGGACCAACCCAUGCACCCCCCGACACACCAAGCUUGGCGCGAAUGGGUACGCGGCCUUCCCGCGCUCUCCACAAUGCAAGCACCGAGAUCUCCCUUCAAUCCGGCCGGCACCGUCCCAGACCUUCACAUCUUUGCAGACGCAAGCCCGCGGGCCUACGGAACGGUUGCAUACGUACGCACCCACAAGGCUCCCGGGGGUGUCAGCUCCCACCUGCUCAUCGCCAAAGGUCGCAUUGCACCACUGAAGACGGUCACUCUUCCGCGUUUAGAGCUCCUUGGCUGCCUUCUCGCCGCUAGACUGUUCAAGAGCAUCUGCGACGUCAUACCUGCCCUGCAGUCACGGGUCACGUUGUGGACGGACUCUCAGAUUGCACUGCACUGGAUAAAGAAUGGGAAGAUGACUCAGUCGCAGAAUCCUCAGUUUGUCGAGGGGCGCUUACGAGAGAUUCGCCAGCUCACGGACCCGGCUAGAUGGUGUCACUGCGACGGGAAAAGCAACCCCGCUGACUUGCUCACGAGGGGAAUCACCGCGACUGAGCUGCUCCACAGCAAGCUGUGGUGGACCGGUCCACCCUGGUUAUUUGGCAACGUGGAUGGUCUCGUCGCGGCCCAAAACACAUCUCCGCAUUCCCGGAUCGAGGAGACCUGUUGCGCCAUCGCUGUUCAGCAUCGGGACCCCCUUCUUCAACUCGAAGAUCACAGCUCCCUUAACCGCGUGCUCCGUGUGACAGCGUACGUGCUCAGGUACAUCAACAACACCCGGAGACCCCAGUCGAAACACAGUGGCUCACUCUCAGCGGAGGAGCUACACUCAGCAGAGCUGCUCUGGGUCCGUUGGACUCAGUUGGAAUCUUUCCCCACUGAAAUCGAGGACCUACAGACGAGACGCCCCAUCUCUUCUUCAUCGGCCGUUUUGCUAUUGAACCCGUAUAUCGACGAGAAUUCAUUACUCCGCGUCGGUGGUCGUCUGAGGUACGCCGACGAAAGCGACAGCGUACGGCAUCCCAUCCUUCUGCCGUCCAGACACCGAUUCACAGAGCUGCUCGUGCUCGACAUGCACUGUCGUCUACACCACACAGGAGUUCAAGACACACUCUGUGAAAUUCGCCAGAAGUAUUGGAUUGUAAGGGGUCGACAGACGGUUCGUCGCGCUCUUCAUACGUGUCUACAAUGCAAACGACGACGACUGGAUCCGGAAACAGCACCUGUCGCUCCUCUCCCGCGGGAAAGGAUCACGCCCACGAGUCCCUUCGACGUAGUGGGGGUGGAUUUUGCUGGACCGCUCUAUGCAUUUGACAAUAACGAACAGCGGAAGGCGUACAUCGUCCUUUUCUCAUGUGGCGUUACCCGCGCGAUCCACCUCGAAUUGGCGACCGGGAUGUCCACUCAACACUUCCUCGGCGCAUUUAGGCGUUUUGCGUCCCGACGCGGGGUCCCGUCACUGAUCACGUCAGACAACGCUCGCACCUUCCAUCAGACGUCACGGAUUCUCUCCACCGCGUCCUCAGAAGUGCAAGAUUUUGCCGCCAGGAAUCGCAUCAAAUGGAGGUUUAUUGUCGAGAGAGCACCCUGGUGGGGCGGAUGGUGGGAGAGGAUGGUCAGAUGCGUGAAGGACUCCCUCAGGCGUUGCUUAGGAAGGCGCCAUUUGACGUAUGAAGAUCUUACAACGGCCUUAUGCGAAGGAGAAUGCAUAGUGAAUUGCCGGCCGCUGACGUAUGUGGAUUCCGAUCCCGCCGCCCUGCACCCUUUGACUCCUGCAGACUUCCUCGUAGGGAAGCGCUUGACUGCCACCCCAACACCGGGCGAAGUUGCACAGCCGUUGGACGCUGGGAGACUCAAGCACUACCUGAAAGCACAGGAUAGUCUUCGCCAGCAGUUCUGGAGCAGGUGGCGCAAGGAAUACCUCUUCCAGCUGAGAUCCGCGCAUAUGGCGAGACGGGACCCGGAGAGUCAACUGAGGGUCGAAGACGUGGUCAUCAUCCACGAAAGAGGACCGCCGCUACUCUGGAAGCUCGGCCGCGUAACUCAGACCAUUCCCGGACGCGACGGUGUCGUUCGUGCCUGUGCGGUCAUGCUGGCCAACAAGACCAUUCUUCACCGUCCCGUGCAGUUGCUGCACCACUUGGAAGGGGAUAUCGCACCACCCGUGGCCCGGGAGGAUGUGGAAGAAAGAGGAGGAGGAGAGGGCUCUUAG